AUGAACACUAUCUAUGAUAUCAACGUGAAAGAAUGCCCAAUCUUAGUCAAAGACACUCUUGACAAGUCUUGGAAAACAGUACCAGAGUUUAGUAUUACUGUAAAGACGGAUGAAUAUACAUUCUAUAUUGUAAGAUACAUUCCUGAUCUCUAUAGUUUUGACCAUUUGGUUAAAACACAUUACCCAAAGAUCAAAAUUCAUUUUCCCAACUUGUCAGAAUCACUUUCUAAGGCAGAAAAGAGACGCAGUAUCAAAACAUUUUUUCAUCUUCCUGUAAAAUCAAACGCCGAAAAAGUGGAAAAGUAUUUGAUCCGUUGCUCUGUUGAUCCCAUCUUAAAGACAUCUUCUCUUUUACGUGAUUUCUUUUCUCCUCAGCGAGAAAAUGACCAGGCCGAGCAUCAUUCAUCAGCUGCUUAUCCUUCACCGACAACGGACGAUACAGCACCUUCAACUGUGGAUAGCAUGCAUAUUGGCAAAACAUGGGCUCCUAGUCCACAUCCUUCCAUCAUUAGUUUGCUAAAACAAAUCUCAUUUGAAAAAGACCCUCUUGAUAACCUUGAAAUGCUUAAAGUUUUGGGCAAAGGUUGCAUGGGAAAAGUAAAACAUGUCAUCGAACAAAGAGAAAUUACACAUACAUUAGAUGAACGGAACAUCUUGGCCAAACUGUCCGACAUCAAUCAUCCUUACCUUACCAAACUUCAUCUUUCAUUUCAAGAUGAACAUCGUCUUUAUCUGUUGACAAACUACUAUUGCGGUGGCGACCUUGCCACGCAUAUGGCCAAGUUAUACAACUUUACACGAGAAUGUGCUCUCUUUUAUGCUGCAGAAAUCAUUGAAGGCAUUGGCGAAUUACAUCGCUUAGGUAUUCUUUACCGAGAUUUAAAGCCAGAAAAUAUUCUGUUGACAGGCGAUGGUCAUAUCAUCUUGACUGAUUUUGGCCUGAGCAAAUGGCUUCAAGAGACUGACGAUUUAUCCACACAGACAUUCUGUGGUACAGCAGAAUAUUUAGCCCCAGAAAUUCUGUUGGGCGAAUCUUAUUCGUUUGGUAUUGAUCAUUGGAGUUUUGGUACGAUUCUGUAUGAAAUGUUGGCUGGUGUGACUCCAUUUUGGGCAGAUAACCAUGCUGAUAUGUACAAACGUGUGCUUGAAGACCCCCUUGAAUUCCCUGCUGACAUUUUUGACUAUGAGACAGCUGAAUUUUUAUCUGACAUUCUUGACCGAGACCCCAGAACACGUUUGGGUGCCAAUGGUAUAGAUGAAAUCAAGAACCAUGUCUACUUUGCCGAUAUUUGUUGGGACAGUAUUCGUCAUCGUCAAGUACAACCUCCUUACCUUCCUCCUGUCAAGGAUGAGAUGGAUUUGACAAACUUUGACCAAGAGUUCUUGACCAUGUCUCCUGCAUUAACACCUGUGUCUUCAGAAAUCGAAUUUGCUGAUCAGAUACAAGAUGUCUUUGAUGGCUAUUCGUUCACGGACGAGCAUUAU